AUGCAACUUUUUCUGAAAAAAUUGUUUCAGGAAGACGAUUCUGUGGAAGAUGACAGUGCGGAAACAAUACUCGUGUCAACAAUCGAUGGUCGUUUGAGAGCUUUGAAUUCUCUGACUGGAGAAGUCAAAUGGACGUUACAAGAAGAACCCGUCCUCCGUUCCCCAUCAGCUGUAAAACAAGGAUUUACCUUCCUUCCAAACCCAAUCGACGGAUCUCUCUAUGUUCUGAAGAAUAGUUCACUCAAGAAACUUCCAUUCAAUAUUCCACAAUUAGUUCACGCAUCACCUUGUAAAGGAAACGAUGGAAUAUUAUAUGCGGGAAGCAAGAAAGAUGUCUGGUUUGGAAUUGAUCCGAAAACCGGAUUAAAAAUGGAAACUCUCUCGUCCGCAUCAGCCGAUCGAAUCUGUCCAGCCAAUCAGAAGCAGACGAUAUUCCUUGGUCGAACGGAGUAUCGAGUAUCUAUGUUUGAUGAGAAGAAUCGGGGAAAAACUUGGAAUGCGACUUUCAAUGACUAUUCUGCUCAUUUGCUUCCAGAAGUGAAUACUUGGCCAUUCAAACAUUAUGCAUCAUCAUCUCAUGGAUAUAUUCUCACUUUCGAUAAAGAAACAGGAGAAAUGAAAUGGGAAGCCGAUCUGAAACAACCAGUUGUCGCAUUGUAUCUUCUUCGUGACGAUGGUCUCCACAAACUUCCGUUCGAAGUUAUGGGAAAAGAAACGAUGGAGAAUGUGGCAAAGCCGUGCACUGGACACAACGCUUUCAUGACUUUGAUGGUACCAUCGGAAUGGUAUUUACAAAGACAUGGAAGAUCUUCACCAGGAGCCAAGUAUCGACAGGAUCCGUUGGUUCGAGAGGAUUCCGUCGUUUCUUCCUCGUCAUCACUUUGUUCCUACAAGAAAAAUGAAUGCACUGUUUUUUUCAUUUAUUUUACCUGUAUAGCCGGCGCCAACACUAUCAAUGACACGAUCUCCAACAUUGACACCACAGAUGCACCAAUCCACAAACCAGUGAGACCACCAAGAUCAGCUAGCACUGAAGUCAAUGUGUAG